AUGUUUCGUUUCCCCAGUGGGACUGUUGACGGUCUCUCUUGCUUCUUAUCUAUCCCACAUACCUUGCUUAAUGCCUCUCCUCUUAAUCCCGGAGGACUGACCAUGCAAGGUAUUGAUGGCUCACCUUCCAGUCUCCCUUUCGCAGGACACACUCCUUUUGUUAGGAACCUGUGUUUGGGACUCAAUUUACCUAUCAUAAAUACCGCAAAUAUUAUUCCUCCUCCGAAUCUCGGGGUAGGCGUAGUACCUUCAGUUUCUUGUGCAUCUGCAGGGUGCCAAAACCCAGUUUUGUGUUAUCCUGUCUCAGUGACCCAAACGGCCCACUCGGUUAUUGAUUCUGGUCCAUCUGAUCCAUCUGUUCACACGAUUGUUCGUGGUCCAGUUAUGUACACAAGCGCCAGUGGUCGUGAUUUGAUUCAACGAAGUAAUGGAAUUCAUUCUAGUAAUGAAAAAAAUAAAGAAGAAAGUCCUCCUGAUCGUAUUGUGGCUUCUUAUGCUGCUGCAGCGCAUGCAGCUGCAUUGGCUUGUCAUCAACCGAUUUCCAGAGCUGCUGAAGCUUAUUUAGCCACAAACUCUUAUAACCGGUCACGUCAUUCUAAAAGACCUCGGGCAUUAAACAAUUUGUCUGCUGUCACAAUAUCAACAACUUCGAACUCACUGUCUACUUUGGUGGAUACUGGAUCAAAUUAUAUUUCAUCUAAUUUAUUAUCAGUCCCUUCUUCUGGAUCAUCACUUAUUUCAUCAGAAGCUACUUAUGGAGAAUCGCAUAAAGGGUGGACUCGUCUAGUGAAUAAGAAAACACAAAAUGUAGUGUACAUAACGUCUGAUGGUACUCGUUUACAUAACGUCGAUGAAGUAUACACAUAUUUAUCAACAAGAAAUUCAGAAUGUGAAAUUAAUUCCAGUAUAAAAGAAUUAAUCGCUGCUCAUUUCAUUUUCGCACCAACAAUCAAUGGUCCUUCGCUUGAGGAUACAUUAAAUUUUGUUCAUAGAUUACAGGGUUCUGUUUUAAAAGAUGAAUCAGUGAAUGAUAAUGUUUCCCAAUUUCUAACAACUGUAUCAAGUAGUGUAAAUAGUGAUAGUGUUUCACAAGCCGUUAAAUCAUCAGAGGAAGUUUCCGCCUGUCGUGUUACAUUCAACCCCGAUUAUUUACCAAGCUCGGACCUACCAGCAAAACGAUCAAAAUUAUCUGAUGAUUUACUUAGUUCAGUUUGUAAGCCAAAAGAGCCAUCUACAUUGAAGGGCCAGUCCGUUAACUGUUUAGUCAAUACAACUAUCAGUGCAUGUCAUACACAGUCAUUUGUAUCAUCGAAUAAUUGUGAACUGAAUAUUUUGUGUACUGAUGCACUAUAUACUUCACCAAUUGAUCGAAUUCGUGAAGGACCAAGUGAUUUUGAAAAUAAUCAAUUCACUCACAAACAGAACUUGAAUAAUUUGAGUAAGAAUGAAGCUGAAAAUUUCGCAACUUCGUCUACUAGCGUAUUUCCUGAUGAUGAUAUAUCUUCCAGUCGAAUAAAACCAAGUCAGUUGCAGAAUGAUAGCGAAGUAGUUGCUAAACUUACCACUGAAACCCUUACAACUGGCGCCUUGCGUACAUCGUUAGCAUCACUAACUACUGAGGUUGUUCCGUCCGUUAUAUCUCCGUCCAAGCAGAUUGGUGUAAAUGCUACAAAUUUUAGUUUAUCAGACGCUACUAGUUCAUGUUUCGAUCCAUCUCAGGCAAAUUUAGCUACACUGAACGUCUUGCAACAAAAUUCUGUUAAUCCACUGUUCAUUGAACAAUUACUUGGAAUCAGUCAAAUGCGUCAUAUUCAACAUCCACAGCAGCAUAAUCAUAAUUUGAGUUCAGGCAUCACGGUCACAGUACCGACACAAAACAUCAUAGGAAACUAUCCAUUUGGUGUUUUAGCUAGUCAGUCUCUAUCAAAUCCUAUUUUAUCAUCUUUAACAGCUGAAUGGCUUUCAAAUCUCCGUUCAUCUGCACAACCAUCGAUAACUAGUAGUACUCUGCCAGAGUUGACACUGAAUUCAGCUAUUGACAAUUUAAAUGCAACUUCUGUUCUUCAGCAAUAUCAACAACGACAACAUUUCUUAACUCUGGCAGCCUUACAAAAACAUCAGCAAAAUCAAGCAUUAGCCCUGAUUCAAAACGCCGUCUUGCUCCAACAACAAAGGAAUAAUAGUGUUGCAAACGCUGCUGCACUUGUCUUACGUCAACAACAAGAGCAACAGUUGGCAGUAGCUUCUUUACAAGCCCAAAGUUAUAUAGCUGCUUUGCAACAGCAGUUUACUAAUUCACAUACCUAA